AUGAAAAUAGCAGAGAAUUUUCUUAUUGCUCCUUUGUUCUUCUGCCUCCUCACAUUUUCAAAUGCACUAACAUCAAGCAGGAUUGGUGUAGUUUAUGGAACGCAAGGAACUAAUUUCCCACCAAUAAAUUACACAGUCCAGCUCCUUGAGAUCAAGAAUGCUGGUUUUGUAAAGCUUCGUGAUGCAAAUCACGAAAUACUAAAAUCGUUAUCUCAGAAAAGUGUUCGUGUCUCAAUCAGCAUUGCUAACAAUUUUCUCGUGCAUAUUGCUUCGAAUCAAACAUUUGCAAAUCAGUGGGUACAGGAAAAUGUACUUGCAUAUUAUCCUGAUACAAUGAUCCGGUUCAUACUUGUUGGACAGGAAGUUCUAAGCCAGAAUGAUACAACAUUGUGGUACAAUCUUGUACCUGCAAUGAGAAGGAUCCUUGAUUCAGUUAGAAGUCACAAUAUUCAUAACAUUAAAGUUGGGACUCCAUUGGCUAUGGACAUAUUGGAAUCAACAUUUCCACCUUCUAGUGGGAAAUUCAGGUCUGAUAUUCCUCAUGAUCAGGUCAUCAUACCAUUGCUGCAAUUCUUGAAUCAAACAAAGUCAUAUUUCUUCCUAAAUGUCUUCCCCUAUUUUACAUGGUCUGCAAAUCCAACAAAUGUGAGCCUAGACUUGGCUUUAUUUAGGGGCGACAAAAAUUCUUCAUACAGAGAUCCAGAGAGUGGUUUGAUUUACACAAACCUCCUAGAUCAGAUGCUAGACUCAGUUCUCUUUGCUAGUAAAAAAUUAGGCCUUGACCAUGUUGCAUUAGCAAUAUCAGAAACUGGUUGGCCUCAUGCAGGUGACAUUGAUCAGCCUGGUGCAAAUAGAUACAAUGCUGCUACUUACAACAGAAAUCUUGUGCACAGAAUGUCUGCUAAACCACCAAUUGGGACACCGGCUAGACCUGGUGUAUUCAUACCAACAUUCAUAUAUGCUUUAUUUGAUGAAGAUCAAAUUCCAGGACGAGGAACAGCAAGGCACUUUGGAAUUCUGCAAGCCAAUUCCUGGCCUGUGUAUGAUUUAGACCUGACAGGAAAGCUAGGAGAAGGGGACUAUCCCCUAUUGCCACUGCCAUCAAAUAAUGAGCCCUUUAAAGGAAAUCUGUGGUGUGUUGUGGCAAGCGAAGCAAACAUAAUGGAAUUAGUUCCACAAUUGGAAUCUGUUUGCAGCCUUGGCAAUGGAAUUUGUGAUGCACUAUCUCCAGGAAAUGAUUGCUAUGAACCAGUAACAAUUAGAGCUCAUGCUAGUUAUGCAUUUAGCUCAUAUUGGGUUAAGUUUAGGAGCAGAGGUACAGCUUGUCAUUUCAAUGGUCUUGCAGUGCUAACCACCACAGAUCCAAGCCAUGGAUCGUGCAAGUUUCCAAGUAUUCAAGUUGGUUUGGAAAUUAGUUUAGGUACUUCUGCAAAAGCAGAUGACUAUUGGCUUAAGAGGCAUCGUUCUUCUCCAAAUUCAUCACUGACUCUACAUCUUCCAAAGAAGCAUAAUUUGGUGAGCAAUGAAAUGCUCAUUGCUCAUGAGACAUGCAUGGAGCCCGAGUUUUUCAGAUAUACUUGA